CGAUGGUCCAGCAGUAUGUUUCCUGAGGACUUGGGGACCCUGCUGUCGAGUCACAACUAAGCCUGUACAAAGGGUCCCUGCGGGGUGGGGGCCCUUCUCCAGGGCAGCCGCCUAGGACCUUCUCCUAACCCUGGAGAGCGGCACUGAGUUUCCAUCCAGGCUCUAGCCUCAGCAAGGAGACCAGGGCUCCCCUUGGGCGCCGUACAAGUCGUAUUCUUGCAAAACUGCUUGUAGGAAAACAUGGCUGUUUCUGUUUUUUAAUAUAAAUUAAUCAAAUCUAGCACCAAAUAUUGCCACGGGCUGACUUUGGGACGGGGACGGGUGUCGUUGCAGUUGAUAGCCGGUCGGGAAAUUCGUAAAUUGAACCGGGAACCGCCAGAAUGGAGGUAUCAAUGCCCCUGCCUCAGAUAUAUGUAGAAAAAACCCUAGCUCUUAUCAAGCCGGAUAUUGUUGACAAAGAAGAGGAGAUAUGCGAUAUUAUUCUUAGGUCAGGAUUCACCAUUAUUCAGAGACGAAAACUACACCUCAGCCCUGAGCACUGUAGUAACUUUUAUGUGGAUCAGUAUGGGAAAAUGUUUUUCCCAAAUUUAACAGCUUAUAUGAGCUCUGGACCUCUUGUUGCUAUGAUACUAGCCAGACAUAAUGCCAUAUCUUACUGGAAAGAACUUUUGGGACCGCCUAAUAGUUUAGUAGCCAAGGAGACACACCCGGACAGUCUAAGGGCGAUCUACGGUACGGAUGAGCUAAGGAACGCUCUUCACGGGAGCAAUGACUUCGCUGCCUCAGAGAGAGAGAUCCGGUUCAUGUUUCCAGAAGUGAUCAUUGAACCCAUUCCAACUGGACAAGUUGCUAAGGACUAUUUGAAUUUGUAUGUAACGCCAACCCUGCUGCAAGGACUCACAGAGCUUUGCAAGCAGAAGCCAGCGGACCCUUACACGUGGCUAGCUGAUUGGCUGCUGAAAAAUAAUCCCAACAAACCUAAACUGUGUCACUUUCCAGUACCAGAAGAGCCUUAGUGCACUCUGCAGAGUGAGUGGCGGAUUGUUUUACUGUAAAAGCUGUGCAUCUACUUUUUAAAUGAAACUUUCUUUCUAAUGGUUUAAGUGUAUGUGUAUUAAACUAUUUUUUUUUACACUGAAAACCAUGUAUG